UCAGUUUUGAGUCGCGCGCGGUGAAGAAGUGAAGCUCGAGCUGAGGACCAGUCGGUCGCAGCGCGGAUCGACCAGUCGGCCGGGGACCGAUGGACUGAUCGAUCAGAACUGCAGCUGCUGCGGAGACAUGGCACGUGUGUGUGCGUGGCUGGCGUGCAUGUGCGUGCUGAGUGUGCGUGUUGGGGCUCACGGUGUAUUGGACGGGAGUGACCACGCCCACCUGGAUCACCAUCAACUAGCUUCCAACAGCAACACAGCCUCAGAUCUGUGUGCGAUAGACCGGCAGCUCUGUGAGGAUGAAACCUCCGUCCUGAGCUUCGAGGCGAUCUGCAGCAUCCACAGACUGAUGGACGAUGACGCCGACGGGACGGUGGACACGACUGAGACAGACGAGUUUCUGAGGGAGGAUCUGAAAUAUCACGACCGGAAAGCCAAACACAGCAGCUUCCACGGAGCCGACCUGCACAUCAGCAUCGAGGACAUGUGGAGCGCCUGGCAGAGCUCGCCGGUGUAUAACUGGACGGUGCAGCAGGUGGAGGACUGGCUGCUCAUCAGUGUGGAGCUUCCUCAAUACACAGAAACGUUCAGGAGGCACCAGCUGGACGGGAAGUCCCUACCCAGGCUGGCGGUGAAGAACACCACCCUGACCUCGGUGCUGCUGAAGAUCUCAGACAGAAUUCAUUCUCAGAAGCUGCAGCUCAAAGCUCUGGACAUGGUUCUGUUCGGACCUCCUCCAGGCCGACGGAGCUGGUGGAAGGACCUGGUCCUGGGCGUGUCCGUCCUGAUGGCUCUGUGCGGCUGCUGCUUCGCCCUGGUCCAGACCCGGAGGUCCAGAGGCGACCUGGAGACGCUGGUGAAGGACCUGGAGGGUCUGCAGAGGGCGGAGCUGAACCUGCUGGAGCUGCAGGGCAGGCUGCAGCAGGCUCAGGAGGAGCAGCGCUGCGUUCAGGUGGAGAAGGUGAAGGUGGAGCAGCAGCUGAGGAACCAGAUCUGCUCGGCCAAACAGGAAGCUCAGCGUCUCCGAGAGCUCCGAGAGGGAACGGAGAAAGAGAGGAGCCGACAGAAGUACGCAGAGGAGGAGCUGGAGCAGGUACGUGUGUCAUUGAAGAGGGCGGAGAGGGAGCUGGAGUCGCGGGUUCACUGGGCUCCACCGGAGGUUCUGCAGAAAUGGCUCCAGCUGACGCACGAGGUGGAAAUUCAGUAUUAUAACAUCAAGAAACAGAACGCAGAGAAACAGCUGCUGCAGGCCAGAGAGGGGGCAGAGAAGAUCAAGAAGAAGAGGAGUUCUCUGUUCGGGACGUUUCACGUCGCUCACAGCUCGUCGCUGGACGACGUCGACCACCAGAUCCUGUCGGCCAAGCAGGCGCUGGCCGAGGUGACGGCGGCGCUGCGGGAGAAGCUCCACCGCUGGCAGCAGAUCGAGUCCCUGACUGGUUUCUGUCUGGUCAACAACCCGGGUCUGGGAGCGCUGGCGGUCGCCCUCAACCUGGACCCCUCCGUCCUCGGCCUGCGACCUCCGACCCCGCAGCACCUCCUGCUCUCCGACGACCUGGACGACAUGGACGAAGACAUCCUGUCCCCUGGGACGCUGCAGUAUGCAGCGUGGCAGAUGGACCGGCGGGUCAGCGACCUUUGGCCCCUGAGCGGCAUCGCAGACACACAGUCGUCAUGGAAACACUCUGCUCAGAGCCUGAUGCCCUUGCGACAGCGGACAGGAGACCCCGCCCUGAUGUUCAGCUCUCAGAGAGACAUUACCAGCCGCUCAGACUUUGACUCCUCCCUCCCACUAUCUCCCGGCGAAUCUCAAUGUCUCUACAGCCCCAAGCCCCUCCUCCUGCCCUCUGGGCCCCGCCCCCUGCAGGGUCAGGGUUCUGGGCUCGUCGGAGGCCUGGAGAAGAGCUCCAGCCUCGGGGAGCUGAGGAGCAGCGCUGCCUCCAUCCUCACCUCCUCCUGCUCCACCCGCUCCCUCUGCAUCACACCACACCGCCCCGUCGCCUCCUCCUUUCCCUCGACCUGCUCGUCGGGCAGCGCCCAGGGGACCGGCCCCCAGCUCCUGACCAGGAGGAGCCCCGUGGAGGAGGAAGGAGGCGACGAGUCGACCAGCAGCCGGAGGAGAAACGCGUUCAAUAAGAUCUUUAAGAAGAAGCAGGGACGUUAUUGAUUCUCAGAGUCACCAUGAGACUUUAACCUUCGUCUACUUUAACUUUUCUGACAUAGUUUGAUUUCUGCUCUCUGUUAAACUGAGUAAAGAUCGGAUUCAGACACAUGAAGAUGGAUCAGGACAAAAACAGGUGGAUAGACACAGACAGGUGGAUAGACAGACAGACAGGUGGAUAGAGACAGACAGACGUAAAGAGACAGACAGACAGACAGACAGACAGAGACAAACAGACAGAUAGAGACAGACAGACAGGUGGAUAGAGACAGACAGACAGGUGGAUAGAGACAGACAGACAGACAGAGACAAACAGACAGACAGACAGACAGACAGACAGACAGAGACAAACAGACAGAUAGAGACAGACAGACAGACAGACCAGGACUAUCAUGAUCACAUUCAUCCUGCUCUCAUUGUUCUGCCACAGCUCACAGGAUGGAAACACAGGAGAACAGGAUGAGUAACAAUCUCAUCUAAUGACACUCGUGUCCGUCCUUAGAAAUUCAAACUAAACACAAAGAUCAACUGGAUUCCUGAAUCCAAUCAUUAAGACUCCGACCUGCUGAUGGAGCUCAAAGAACAAUGAGUUAUCACGGUUCAUCCUGAGGGAACAUGAACGUUUGCACUUCAUGCUUCAUCAUCUACACAAAGAUAAACUUCUCUGAACCAUUAGCGUCUUUUUAUGCUCAUAAAUGCUGCAAACAGCCACUUAACACAACCAAACAUCUUUUUCAUUAUUUCUUAAGUGCUUCUUCAGAACUUUCUUGUCAAAGUCGACCAUUGAUGUCAAAUUUCCAUCGAAUUCUCUCUGUGGCCACAAACGUCUGAUUCCUGCCAAACUACCACACCACUCAGAGUGAAUCCUCCAAGAUAAAUACAGUUUGUAGAAAAUACACGAAAAUAUGCAAAACAUCAAUAUUAUUGAACUAAGUAAAUGAAGCUGGUAAAAGAUUUGUUUAAUUUAAAUUGAAAGACAGUUUAUUGAUGCUGACAUUGAUUAUCGAGGCUCAACCUCCUGAUUUCCAGAUCUUCAGUCACAUCUGGAGUGAUGAAGAUUAAUUCAUUAAACAGAUAAUCAGGUAUAUUUAAUAUGCAUUAUAAAUAUGAGACAUAAUUAGAAAAAAGGUCUGUCUAAACACCAGUUUUAUAAGUUUCAUGAGAGAUUCUGCUGUUAACAAAUUAACUAAUUAAGACGUCAAAUGUCGUCAUAUCUGCUAAUAAAGUGAUAGUGAACAGUAAAUCUA